AUAGUCUUCCAGUUUGAAUUUGCGCCUCGGCUUCAUUACUCUGUUUGUAACAAAUAAAAGACAUGAGUUUCAGGGGCCACUGCUGACACCAUGUCCCACUCUCCAGGCUUUUCGAAUCCUCUGCUGUACUAAAACAAGUUUACCAAACUUGAAUUUUAAAGCCACAUCCUUUUGAAAUUCUGUGAGACGAUGGCAAGUCUGGCAAUUAAUUGUUAGAACGGCUUGCUAUACACGCAAGUGUCUAUCGGGUUCUAAUACUGCAGAGAUGAAAACCUAGUCUAUUCUUGUUUGUAUGUCCACAAGAACGUGAUCCAUAAAGAUCCAUCCAGGGAAAAGACAGACAGUUGGAACCGCUGUAAUAUGAGAAGGGACGGACCAUUGGUUUCCAUUGGUUCUUAAAGCAAAAUCUUUUGUGGAAUUUUCCGCUUCUCUGUCCUGACAUGUCCUCGUAAAACUGACAACUCGCUUAAACUCUCCAGUGAGCCGCUGUCUAAUAACCAUAACUUGUCAUUAGAGGGCAGCGCGACAUACAACUGCAGAUAUAACUGAAGUUAGGAGCACGAAAAGGACGACACUAAAAGAAUGGCUUCAAGUACAGAAACGCACAUCAAAGACAAUGAUCCCCUGGAUGACCCACCUCUGGACUUUGCUGCUACUGAAAGCUUUCUACGACAAGCAAUGACUAUGAUUUUAGAAGAUGCAGUGAAGAAGGCCACUGAUGUCAGACAAAAGGUUUGUGAGUGGCAUCCCCCAGAGGAGCUGAAGGAGCUUCUGGAUCUGGAGCUUAGAGACGGUGGAGAGUCUGAGGCAAGGAUCCUGGAGCUGUGCCGAGACGCCAUCAGAUACAGUGUCAAGCCCACUCAUCCUCAUUUCUUCAACCAGCUGUUUGCGGGGCUGGAGCCAUACUCCCUGGUGGCUAGCUUCAUCACUGAGGCCCUCAAACCCAGCCUGUACACCUAUGAGGUGUCUCCAGUCUUCACUCUGAUGGAGAAUGCUGUGCUCAAGAAGCUGAUACAGACAGUUGGCUGGGAGGAAGGAGGAGAUGGACUCUUUAAUGCAGGUGGGUCGAUGUCCAACAUGUACGCCAUGAACCUAGCCAGGUACCGUCAUUUUCCUGAAAUCAAGGAGCUUGGAAACUCUGCAGCUCCCCGGCUGGCGGUGUUCACAUCACAAGAGUGUCAUUACUCCAUCUCAAAAGCUGCAGCUUUAAUGGGAAUCGGCACAAAGAAUGUCUUUGUGGUUCCGUCUGAUAAGAGAGGAAAGAUGAUUCCCUCUGCUCUUGAGGAGCAAAUCAAGUCUGUUAAAAGUGAGGGUGGAGUUCCCUUCAUAGUGAACGCCACAGCGGGGACCACUGUCCUUGGAGCCUUUGAUCCUAUUGACGAAAUUGCAGACAUCUGUGAGAAAUACAAACUGUGGCUGCAUGUGGAUGCUUGUUGGGGAGGAGCAGUUCUCAUGUCCAACAAGCACAAGCUCCUAAUGAAAGGCAUUCACAGAGUCGACUCUGUUGCCUGGAACCCUCACAAGAUGUUGAUGGCCUGUCUGCAAUGCUCAGCUUUCCUGGUCAGAGACAAAACUCGUCUCCUCCAGCGCUGCCACUCUGCUCGGGCUUCCUACCUCUUUCAGCAGGACAAGUUCUACAACUUGAGCUAUGACACCGGGGACAAGUCUGUCCAGUGCAGCAGGAAGCCAGAUGCCUUCAAAUUCUGGCUCAUGUGGAAGGCUUUGGGUGCCAGCGAGUUGGAGCAGAGGGUGGACAGAGCUCUCGCCAUGGCCAGGUAUCUUGCAGAUGAAAUUACAAAAAGGGAAGGCUUCCGCCUUUUAAUGGAGCCUGAAUAUGCAAAUGUUUGCUUCUGGUACAUCCCACCAAGUCUGAGAGACCUGCCAGAUGGCCCAGAGUUCCAGGAAAAACUACACAAUGUGGCGCCAGUUGUUAAGGAGCGCAUGAUGAAGAAGGGCAGCAUGAUGGUGGGCUACCAGCCCCAUAGAGGCCAAGCCAACUUCUUCAGGAUGGUGGUGAUCAGCCCUCAGGUCAGCAGGCAGGACAUGGACUUUGUCCUGGAUGAGAUACACAGCCUGGGAAAAGACUUAUGAUACGCUGACAGUUUCUCAGGGGAUCAUAUCUUCUGAAAGUUUAGAAAGAAUCAUUUGUGGAAUCGUGUCCCUGCAUAUCUUGUAUUAACAACUCUGAGUUGAAAUUUGUUUUUGGAAUAUAUUACUUUUGGCACUUUUUCCCUCAAUGACUCUUCCUCAUAUUUUCAAUUGAGGAAGCUGUUGAUUUCACAAGUGUGAAAAGUGAUCUAAGUUUAGGGUGUGGGGCUUAGAGCACACAGUGUUGUAAGAGUGCAACGUUAUUUCCAUGUCAUCUUCGAAUUCAUACUUUGUGUCAGAAAUAUUUUUUUAUGGAACUGGAAAAAUAAUAAACCAACUAUCUCUGGUCAUUCUAAA